AUGAGCUCCCAGGUGAACUCACAGGAUCUCCCACUUGAACUGCCAGAAGCUAUCAGGUGUUUCUUGAUGAACCAGUUGGACCCCCAGUUGAACCUCUUUGACCUCCAGGUGAACUGCCACAAGGAACAGUCUCUUGAAAAACCGGUGUUUCCUGGUGAACCAGUAGGGCCACCAGGAGAACUGUCUGGAGAAACUGUCAGGUAUUUCUUGGUGAACCAGUAUGAUCUUCCUACUUGGAGUUGGAGGUCUCACAUGACCACUCAGGAACUCCCAGUUGAACUUCCAAGAGCUCCCAAGAUUCUCUCGGCAUGGACAAGAAAAUUGUGGUUGAUUUUCAAAGAAUACUUGAUGAUGGAUGGUGACGUCGCGAGAGAAUCCAGCGGCAACGAUGAUUUUGAAAUCAUCGGAGGCGAUUCUCCCGGAUGCAGCAAGUCCGACGGAGACGGUGUGGUGGUCUCAGUUGAGGUUGACACCAUUGCUAACGGCGAUGACCUGUCAGCCUCCAAGCAACUUGAUGGCGAAGAGUCCUCAGAGGUGAACGGAUUAGGCCAGGGAGAGGAGGAAGGUGAGAUAACCCAUGCAAGGAUAGGACAGGAUGAUGUCGAGGACAAGCCUAAGCAAUCUGCAGAGGAAUUGAUGGAGGAACUUGGCAUCACUAUGGAGAGUGGUGACCAGGAAGAUGAAGAGAGCAAGGUUAGUCCAGAUGCAGGGGAUGUCGUUGAGGAGGAUCAGGUUUCUGCGACGACCAUGAAGACAGAAGAAGCAAGCGUGUCUCUGGACGCCCUUGCAAAAGAAGAGGAGGCUGAGCCCACGACUGAGGCUGAUGAUGGAAGUCAGGAAAAUGGUGUUUCCAUUGAGGUAGAGCCUGUUGGCAAGGUAGAAGACACUCCAGAAACGCUAGAAGACAGUACUCCAGAAACACCUGAUGACUCUCCCGCAGACACUGAUGAUGUCACAGACCCUACCCCUAAAGAUGAAGUGCCUGAAGAAACUCCAGAAACACAAGAAGACACUCCAGAAACGAAAGAAGACAGUACUCCAGAAACACCAGAAGAUUCUCCUGCAGAUGCCGAAGCUGUUUCUGAACCUUCCCCUGAAGAGGUCACUGAGGAUGCCCCUCAAGAGAUUACAGAGGAUACUCCCAAAGAUGUUACUGAGGACAGUGCUAAUGAUCUUAUAGAGGAAACUCCCAAAGACCCCGCUGAAGACACCCCCAAAGACAUUCCAGAUACGGAAGAAGAUACCAACCAGGACUCGGCCGUUGAUGUGAAUCUAGACACAUCUCAAGACACGUCUCAUGAUAUAUCUCAGGAUAUUAGUUUGGAUGUUUCUCUCGACAAACCACAGGAGCUUGGUGAGGAUGCACCAGCUUCUCAGGAUGAUGACCAAACCCUGACAGAACGGAGUUUAGAUGAAUCCCUCAACUCUGAGGAAGUGACUCCACAGCAAGGAGAUGAAACUCAGAAUGACCCAGAACCAGAUCCGGGAGAAGGGGAAGGAGAACCAUCUGCUGCACCAACACCUGAUGAACCAACAGGAGAACCUGAAAAGGAAGAAGAAGAAAAGGAACCUGCUGAACAAGAAACACCACUUGAAGAAGUGCCAGCUGAGGAACAGACACCAGCUGAAGCAGAAACACCGGCAGAACAAGCACCAUCUGAAGAAGAGACACAAGCUGAAGAACCAGCACUAGUGGUGGAAGGAACACCUGCUGAAGAAGAAACACCAGCUGAAGAGACACCUCACAAGCUGAAGGAGACACCAGUUGAAGAGACACCAGCUGAAGAACCAACAUCAGCUGAAGAAGAGACACAAACUGAAGAAGCAACACCAGCUGUGGAAGAAACACCUGCUGAAGAAGAAACACCGGCAGAAGCACCUGCUGAAGAGACACCAGCUGAAGAAGAAACACAAGCUGAAGAAGAGACACAAACUGAAGAAGCAACACCAGCUGUGGAAGAAACACCUACUGAAGAUGAAACACCAGCUGAAGAGACACCAGCUGAAGAAGAAACACAAGCUGAAGAAGAGACACAAACUGAAGAAGCAACACCAGCUGUGGAAGAAACACCUGCUGAAGAUGAAACACCAGCUGAAGAGACACCUGCUGAAGAGACACCAGCUGAAGAAGAAACACCGGCAGAAGCACCUGCUGAAGAGACACCAGCUGAAGAAGAAACACAAGCUGAAGAAGAGACACAAACUGAAGAAGCAACACCAGCUGUGGCAGAAACACCUACUGAAGAUGAAACACCAGCUGAAGAGACACCUGCUGAAGAAGCACCAGCUGAAGAAGAAACACAAGCUGAAGAAGAGACACAAACUGAAGAAGCAACACCAGCUGUGGAAGAAACACCUGCUGAAGAAGAAACACCGGCAGAAGCACCUGCUGAAGAGACACCAGCUGAAGAAGAAACACAAGCUGAAGAAGAGACACAAACUGAAGAAGCAACACCAUCUGUGGAAGAAACACCUACUGAAGAUGAAACACCAGCUGAAGAGACACCUGCUGAAGAGACACCAGCUGAAGAAGAAACACAAGCUGAAGAAGAGACACAAACUGAAGAAGCAACACCAGCUGUGGAAGAAACACCUGCUGAAGAAGAAACACCGGCAGAAGCACCUGCUGAAGAGACACCAGCUGAAGAAGAAACACAAGCUGAAGAAGAGACACAAACUGAAGAAGCAACACCAGCUGUGGAAGAAACACCUGCUGAAGAAGAAACACCAGCUGAAGAGACACCAGCUGUAGAAGAAGUACAAGCUGAAGAAGAGACACAAACUGAAGAAGCAACACCAGCUGUGGAAGAAACACCUACUGAAGAUGAAACACCAGCUGAAGAGACACAAACUGAAGAAGCAACACAAGCUGAAGAAGAGACACAAACUGAAGAAGCAACACCAGCUGUGGAAGAAACACCUGCUGAAGAAGAAACACCAGCUGAAGAGACACCAGCUGAAGAAGAAAUACAAGCUGAAGAAGAAACAAAAACUGAAGAAUCAACACUAGCAGUGGAAGAAACACCUGCUGAAGAAGAAACACUGGCUGAAGAUGCAACGCCAGCUGUGGAAGAAACACCUGCUGAAGAAGACACACCGGCUGAAGAGACACCAGCUGAAGAACAAACACCAGCAGAAGAAGAGAUACCAGCCGAAGAACCCACACCAACAGAAGAACCAACUCCAGAUGUGGAUGAAACACCUGUUGAAGAAGUGAUACUGGCUGCAGAGGCACCAGCUGAAGAAGCAACACCAGCAGAAGAAGCAACACCAGCAGAAGAAGAGACACCAGCUGCAGAAGAGACACAAGCUGAAGAAGCAACACCAGCUGAAGAAACCCCUGCUGAAGAGACACCAGCUGAAGAAGAAAAACUUGCUGAAGAAGAAACACCGGCUGAAGAGACACCAGCCGAAGAACCGACGCCAGCUGUGGAAGAAACACCGGCCGAAGAAGAGACACCAUCUGAAGAGACACCAGCUGAAGAAGCACCACCAGCUGAAGAACCAACACCAGCUGUGGAAGAAACACCAGGUGAAGAACCAACACCAGCUGUGGAAGAAACACCAGGUGAAGAAGAAGCACCAGUUGAAGAGACCCCAGCUGAAGUAGAGACACCAGCUGCAGAACCAACACCGGCUGAAGAAGAAAAACAUGCUGCAGAACAGACACCAGCUGAAGAAGAAUCAAAUUCUGAGGAAGUGGUUGAGAAGAGGGUGUCUGCCUCAGACUUGGUUGAAGAGUUUGGACUGACAUUAGAUGAGGGUGAUCAGAGUGUAUCAGUAUUUGGUCAGGAAACUGAAAACAAAUCUGGUGAUGAAAUGGUGGAGGAAGAAAAAGUUGUUCCCACGACACAAAAUCCAGAGGAAGCAGAUAUCAGAUUAGACUUUUUAUGUAGCACAGAGGAAGCUGAAGUUACAGAGAAAGGUGCUGAGGAAAUUGAAACAGAGGAUGUUGUGGAUGGGGUAAAUAAGGAUGAAGAAGCAAAUACAUUGGAUGUCUCUCCCACAGGAGAUGAGGGUGUUUCAACGGAACAAGCAGAAGAAGUUGAUGCCAAUGAAGAAAAAGAAGCUGCUAAAGAUGUAGAAGAAGAAUCAUCACCUGUAACCCAGGAGGCUGGUAGUGUAGUAGAGGAAGAAUCAGACAAUGUUCCAACAGCUGUUGAGACUAAGGUAGAAAAAUUGAGCGAGGAAACAAAUGAGACAGAGGAGAAAGAGGAUGAGACAGUGGAGGGAUUACCUAAGGAAGCACCAGAAAUUAUUGACACUAGUGAAGAUGCUAUUGUGGACAAAGAGGCUGGUGAUGAUGAAGUGAAAGAGGAUACUAACCAGGCAGUGGAGGAAAUGGCCACAGAAGUACAGGAGGUGAUUGAAGACUCAGAGAGGGAAGAACUCACAGAAGAUGUUGAAGCAUGUCCUGAAGAUUCACCAGAUGAUGGGGACAAAGCAGUUAGUGAAGAAGUAGUGGAGGAUGAUUCAGAACAAGUAGAAGUUAUUGUUGGAGAAGCUGAACAAGCAAAAGAGGAAAUUAUUCAGGCACCAGAAGAAUCAACCACAGAAAAACAUGAGGUGGUUGAAGAGCCAGUGAGGGAAGAACCAACUGAAGAUGUUGAAGCAUGUCCUGAAGAUUCACCAGAUGAUGGGGACAAAGUAGUUAGUGAAGAAGUAGUGGAGGAUGAUUCAGAACAAGUAGAAGUUAUUGUUGGAGAAGCCGAACAAGCAAAAGAGGAAAUUAUUCAGGCACCAGAGGAAUCAGCCACAGAAGAACAUGAGGUUGUUGAAGAGCCAGUGAGGGAAGAACCCACGGAAGAUGUUGAAGCAUGUCCUGAAGAUUCACCUGAUGAUGGGGACAAAGUUGUUACUGAAGAAGCAGUGGAUGGUGAUUCAGAACAAGAAGAAGUUCUUGUUGAUGAAGCAGAACAACCAGAAGAGGAAACAUUAAAUGAUGAUGUUUGCCAAGAUGCCUCCGAGGAUACAAGUGCUGAGGCAGUUACUGAAGAGGUGAAAGUGACGGACACGGAAGAGGCCACUGAGACACCAUUACCUGAAAAGGAAGAUGUUACAGAAGUUGUUGAAGAAACUGUUGUGGAAACUGUUGAACUGGAAACAGAAGCCACAUUAUCACAAGACAUAGAGAAGGAAGUGGUUAUUGAUACAGACAUUGCAACAGAGGAUGUUGAAAUUAAAGAGCCUGCAGAGGAACUGAAACAAGAUGUUCCAGAUGAGGCAGACCAAGCGGUGGUAGAGCAGGAAGUUGUAGAAGAAAUAACCGAGGAGGUGAGCCAGACUGAAGUAAUAAAACAAGAGGUUGGAACAGAAACAGAACAGCUGCCACCGUCAGAAGAAAGUGAAGAGGUGGCUGAAGUGAUCCCUGUGGAACCCCAGGAAGAACCUAAGGAGGAAUCUAAGGAGGAGCCACAGACUGAAGAGCCAAAGACAGAAUCAGCGGAAGAAACCAAAGAAGUACCAGAAGAGCCUGUUGAGGAACCUCCAAAGGAUGCACCAGUCAAUGGUGUUUCUGAAGAUACUGUCUUCAAUGGGGUACUUCUUAAUGGACAUGGCGGUGGCCAUCUUACCAAUGGACAUCAUGUACCUGAAGACGACCACUUGACCAAUGGUGAUGAAGUUCCAGAGAUCGUUAGUCCGACCAGUCCUAAACCACUACGAGAGAGACUGCUGUCGUGGGAGGCUCUAGCUAAAGGUACCACCAAUCCCACCAUGCAUUGUGCAUGCAUGUCUGGCGCCCUCUAUAUGCAGUGUUAG